CCAUAGCAACACUAAACAUCCAUUGCCUUUGCUGCCGUUAGAGAGAGUUGUGUUAGGGAAUACUCAUGCCUCAGAAAGAAAAAACUCCUAGGAUGAGUUCUUCCACCUCAUCCUCCAAAGUCACAGAGGUAGAAGACACGUUAAAAAACCUGGAUGAUGAUGAUGAUGAUGAUGAUGAUGAUGAUAUGGAGUGUAAAGAGCUAGAAGGGUUGAAGGAAGCCUUGGAGAACCUCCGUGGUCUGUCCAGUGAAGAGAAGAAUGAAAAAGCUAUGUUACGCUCCCGCCUCCAGGAGCAGUCUCAGCUCAUCUGCAUCCUGAAGCGCAGGGCGGACGAGACUCUGGAGCGCUGUCAAGUCCUGGAGCAGCUCAACACAGAGCUGGAGGAGAAGAGGAUGAGUGAUGCUGAGAGGCUGGAGGCCCAGGCCCAGCGCACGCUGAAGCUGGAGUCGCGGUUCAUGGACCUGGCCGCCAACCACGAAGAGAUGAUCCGCUUCAAGGAUGAACACAAGAGGCAGAAUGUGAAGCUGAGAGAAGAGAACGAGAUCUUGAGAAAGGAGAACAGGGAACAUUUCAGUCAGGCCUUGAGAGACCAGGAGGCCAAAAUUAGUCUGCUCACAGCCCAGGAGGAAAAGUUGUCCAAAGAGCUGGAGACCCUGAAGGGAAUAUGUGCUGAAGAUAAGAGUCGCUCCAAGGCCAGAGAGCGGGAGCUGCUGGACCUACAGAGCCAGCAAGCCAGCUCCCAUGCCAAGGAGACCAGCUCCCUCCAAAGCAAGCUCCAGGCUCUGGAGGAGCUGCACCACAAAACCCUGGCCAAGAUGGCCAAGGCCGAGGAGAAGCAGAAGGGCUUGAGUUCGGAGCUGAGCAGCCGGCUGGAAAAAGUGACCAAGGAGAAAGAGGAGCUGCUGCAGUUGUCCAUGGAGAGGGGUAGAGUGCUUCAGAACAAACAGCUGGAGAUCCAGCAGCUGGAGGAGAAGCUGGAGAUGGCGGAGACGGCCCGCAAGAACGCACUGGAUCGAUUUGAGCAAGAAGCUGCCACCGUGAAUAGCAGCCUGAGAGUACAAGAACUGAGCCGAAAGAUGGAAGGGAUCCAGAAGGCCUACGAUGAGCUUUGGUUGCAGUCAGAAGCCUUCAAAAAGCACAGUCUGGAUCUUUUGACCAAGGAGAGAGAACUCAAUGCCAAACUCCGACAUCUCUUUCCAUAAAGCAGGCCUUGCUUCUGCUGGCCCCACCUCAACUGAAAGGUGUUUUCCUCCUUUACUGGAAUAGUAACCAGCUUUCCUUUUAUUAUAUUUCUAUUACACAAAGAAAA